GCCAUUUUACCUCUCCCUCAUUGGUGGCUAAAGAUUUCGCGUUGGAUGUUAGACACGCGCCGCCGAUAUCUUGGCUUCUUAUUCGUUUAAGCGUCAUCUCGUUUUACGUGCUUUUCCAAGCUCAUCGUUCGCGGAUUCCGAUAAAUAAGUCGACGUACAAACAUGAGCAAGUCUAAGGAUUCGCCGUCGACGGAAGGGGAGACCGAAGAGGAGUACAGCGUAGAAAAAGUCCUUGAUCGACGAGUCGUGAAGGGAAAGGUCGAGUAUUUCUUAAAAUGGAAAGGAUAUUCGAAUGAUGAAAAUACAUGGGAGCCAGAAGAGAACUUAGAUUGUCCAGACUUGAUCGCUCAAUUUGAGGAAGCUCGCAGGAAAAAGGAAGCAGCUGCUGUUAGUAAACGAAGGGAGGAGAAGGAGCAGAGAAAGAGAAGUAGUUCUAGUACGCCCACCCCGACGCAAGUUAAGAAAAAGGCUGUCGAAGAGAAAAAAGCAGAAGGUUUCGAUAGAAAUUUGGAACCAGAACGUAUUAUUGGUGCCACUGAUUCGAGUGGCGAAUUAAUGUUCCUUAUGAAGUGGAAGGGAACAGAUGAUGCGGAUCUUGUACCUGCACGAAUUGCUAAUGAUAAGUGUCCACAAAUUGUAAUCAAAUUCUAUGAAGAGAGAUUAACGUGGCAUAGUCCUGCUCGGGAUGAGGAAGGAUCGGCAAAACCAGAUCCUGAGUAGCCUCGUGUUCUACGAUUUGAUUAUACAGUCUUCUUCAAAUUAUGUCAUGUUUAAAAAGUUAUAUUUGGACGUACAUUUAAUUUUAUUUUACUUUUUUUUUCUUCUUUCAUUUCAACUAUUAACGUAACAUAACUUACUGUGCCACUGACUAAUUAUUAUUAUUUUCUUUUUAUAUUUUAUAAAUAAUAAUAAACAUAAUUUUGAAAAAAUAA